AUGGCUCCUUGGCCCGAGCUGGAAAAUGCCCAGCCCAACCCCAGUAAAUACGUGGAAGGGGCCAGUAGUCAGCAGUCCACCACACCUGGGAAAGGCAAGGAGACCAACAAAAAUGACACCGGGACACCUGUGACCAAGAUCGAACUUCUGCCAUCCUAUUCCACCGUGGCACUGAUAGAGGAGCCCACCGAGGUGGCAGACCCCUGGGACCUGCCUGAGCUUCAGGACACCGGGAUCAAGUGGUCAGAGAGAGACACCAAAGGGAAGAUUCUCUAUGUCUUCCAAGGAAUUGGGAAAUUUAUUUUGCUUCUGGGGUUUCUCUACUUCUUUGUGUGCUCCUUGGAUGUCCUCAGCAGCGCCUUCCAGCUGGUUGGAGGAAAGGUGGCCGGACAGUUCUUCAGCAACAACUCUAUUAUGUCCAACCCCGUGGCGGGUCUGGUGAUUGGAGUGCUGGUGACUGUCCUGGUACAGAGCUCCAGUACCUCCUCGUCCAUCGUCGUCAGCAUGGUGGCCUCCUCACUGCUGAGUGUACGUGCUGCCAUCCCCAUUAUCAUGGGGGCCAACAUUGGGACCUCAAUCACCAACACCAUUGUGGCGCUCAUGCAGGCGGGAGACCGGAAUGAGUUCAGAAGGGCUUUUGCAGGAGCUACUGUCCAUGACUUUUUCAACUGGCUCUCAGUAUUGGUGCUCUUGCCCCUGGAGGCAGCCACCCAUUACCUGGAGAUCCUGACAGACCUGGUGGUGGAGACCUUUAACUUCAGGAAUGGGGAGGAUGCCCCAGCACUUCUGAAAGUCAUCACAGACCCCUUAACGAAGCUCAUAAUCCAGCUGGAUAAGAAAGUUAUCAAUGAAAUCGCAAUGAAUGAUGAAGCCGCCAAAAACAAGAGUCUGAUCAAGUUUUGGUGCAAAACUUCUACCAACGUGACUCAAAUGAAUGUCACUGUCCCUUCGCCUGAGAACUGUACCUCGCCUUCCCUUUGUUGGUCGGAUGGUUUGUACACCUGGACUAUCAAGAACGUGACCUCCAAGGAGAACAUUGCCAAGUGCCAGCACAUCUUUGUGAAUUCCAGCCUCCCGGAUCUUGUUGUUGGCAUCAUCCUGCUCUUAGUCUCCCUGCUGGUCCUCUGUGGCUGCCUGAUCAUGAUCGUCAAGCUCCUAGGCUCCGUGCUCCGGGGACAGGUAGCUGUUGUCAUCAAGAAGACUCUCAACACGGAUUUUCCCUUUCCCUUUGCCUGGCUGACUGGCUACCUGGCCAUCCUUGUGGGGGCAGGCAUGACCUUCAUCGUGCAGAGCAGCUCCGUGUUCACAUCCGCUAUGACCCCGCUGAUUGGUAUUGGUGUGAUCAGCAUCGAGAGGGCAUAUCCGCUCACGCUGGGCUCCAACAUCGGCACCACCACCACAGCCGUCCUGGCUGCCUUGGCCAGCCCGGGCAGUACCCUGAGGAGCUCACUGCAGAUCGCCCUGUGCCACUUCUUCUUCAAUAUCUCGGGCAUCAUGCUGUGGUACCCGAUCCCGUUCACCCGCCUGCCCAUCCGCCUGGCCAAGGGACUGGGCACCAUCUCUGCCGAGUACCGCUGGUUUGCGGUCGUCUACCUGAUCAUCUUCUUCCUCCUGAUCCCGCUGGGCGUGUUCGGCCUCUCGCUGGCCGGCUGGCCGGUGCUGGUGGGCGUGGGGGUGCCGAUCCUCUUUGUGAUCCUCCUGGUGGUGGUCCUCAAUGUCCUGCAGUCGCGCUGCCCGCGCCUCCUGCCCGGGAAGCUGCAGAACUGGAACUUCCUGCCGCUGUGGAUGCACUCGCUGCGGCCCUGGGACGACCUGAUCUCGCUGGUCUCCGGCUGCGGCUGCUGCCAGAACCGCUGCUGCUUCUGCUGCCGGGUCUGCUGCCGGGUCUGCUGCCGCACGUGCUGCCUGGUCUGCGGCUGUCGCAGGUGCUGUCCCUGCAGAGGCUGCUGCCAGCGCGAGGACGACGAGCCCGAGAUGCCCAGCAAGGCCCCGGAGGCCUUUGAUAACGCGGCCAUGAGCCGCGAGGCCCAGGACGCGCCCCCUGCGGCUCAGUGGGAGGCCCCGGGCGCACCGAGCGCCUCUAGCAGCACGGCCUUGUAG